AUGACGGGAGACAAGAAGAAGAAAAAGCGGCUGGCCCGCAGCAAUCUACUGGCCAAGAAAAUUAUUAUAAAAGACGGAGGGACUAUGCUCAAUCUGUGUCUCUCUCUCUCUGUCUCAGUGCUGUGCGGGACGCCCCCAGCUGUGGAGAAUGCCUUCCUGAUUGGUCGGAAGCGAGCGCACUAUGACAUCCACUCUGUCGUGCGGUACCAGUGUGCCGACGGGUUCCUGCAGCGCCACGUUCCCACCACCAAGUGCCGCAGCAACGGCAAGUGGGACCGGCCCAAAAUCAUCUGCACUAAAUCGCGGAGAGCCCACCGGUCGCGGCGCCACCACCACAAGUCCCGACGCGAGAGGAGAAAACACAAGAAGCACUCCUCCAGGGGGCACAGGGAGGAAGACAAUGACGACAGCCGGAACUACUUCUGAACAAAACAAAAAACAAAACACUGCAGAACGUGAAGGAAUUGAACCCUCUGCCCGUGACCCUGAGACUCCCACCAUCCCCAACCCCAGAGAGAGUGCCAGGAGACUGAAGGAGCAUGAUAUCCAGCUCCUGCUAGGCCUCAAAGGCCCUCUCUCCUUAACAGGGAUUCAAAUUAGAAUUAUGGCAGCACUUUUGUCAGCUUUAAAUAUGUACCAAAAAAAAGGUGUUUGGACAUUUGCAGUAAAUUAUACAGUAUUCACAGUGUUUUGCUAUUUUGUACUAUUUAAGAAGCUGUUAAGACAGAGGUCAUAAUUCCAAUUGAAUCCCAGUCCCUCCCCCCUCACCAGUGUAAUUAAUCUCCUGGCUUGGUUUUAUCCAGGCCGCUUUUCUGAAGUGUUAUCAUAGCCCCUCAAAUAGGGGCUGUUUUUUGUUUAUGUGUUUGUUUUAUCUCAAUUUUUUAAAGGUGAUCUUGUUAAGGUUUUAAACCAGGUUCCGCACGUGGGCAUUCCGUUGCGUGCUCCAGCAGAAAGCGUUAUUUUUUAACGAAUUCAACUUUUCGAUAAAGUGUUUGUAAUAAAAAUAGAAGACGUGCUUUGUGUCACUUCGUUUGUAAGAACCGCGCUAGUGUUUAAAUGUCGUGUUUGUGUUCGGCCUGCCGCACAGUCCAGCUGAAUAAACCCUAAUUAACUAUGUGAGUACUUUUUUUAAAAUGUAUUUAUUUUUCAUCACUGCUUCCCUCAUGAUUGUGUUGCUGAACUUCAAGAAUCCAAGACAGAGGCUGUCGUUGAUCCUAAAUAUUCUUAAAGAUACGAAAGUGUGUUAAAAAGUUCAACUCUGCAGUGAUAAGGGAGCCCAGAAGUGAUUACUACACUAAAGCGAAAGAGAGCUUUUGGUGGGGGGUGGGGGGUAUUUAAAACCUUUGCAAGAAAGCCUUUAGAUUUUACCAACCACUCAAAAUAAGAAAAAAAGGAGAAAUUAGGUUUGUAAAUGCUCUUAUAAUAAUAAUAAUAAUAAUAAUAAUAAUAAUAAUAAUAAUAAUAAUAAUAAUAAUAAUAAUAAUAAUAAUGCUGUGUGUUGUUUGCUUCCUAUGUUCUAUGUUUGGUGGCACGUAACUAUAAAGGACGCAGUUUGUUUUGCGAUUCCCCAAGGUUCAUUCUUACACAGAAUAUUUUUUUCUGAUGACCACGAAAAGGGAACACCAGAAAGUCUGGCACAGCAAGACUCAUCUCUUGCUGGCAUACACAAGAAAUUAUUCCAACUGUUCUUUUUUUUUUUUUUUACCUACACAGUGAAGUAAUGAACGGGGGAGUUGGAGGCUCUAGUUUGUCAUGUCUCGUCAGGAUUUCUUGAACGAAGUUAUGAUUCACACACAGGCUCCGCUUCUCAGCUGAAUUCGACAGCCUUGACAGAGCCGAGCAGCUAAAGGGGAGUCUACUAAUUACUCUUUACAUCACCCGCGGAUGUGCUAAAAGUGGCGGCAGCUUCCUUGUAGAUCAGCCUGCAAGAUCUGUAGCAGUCCGCCUCAAUUAUUCAAUCAGAACUUUACAAAAUGAUUCAAGUGGCCUGGUUACAGGGCGGAUUUGAGUAACAUAUACCCUGCAUAAACCCCAGCUGGAUUUCCAUUGCCAGGGACUCCUCUUGGACUGCAUCAACCACUUGGGGAAAUCGUGGAGAAAAUUGAGGAUGAUUCCCCAGUACUGUAGAGCAAUCUAUACAACAGAGCUGUGGUUUAUCAGGGUAUUGGUUAAACAAAUAGACCCCUUAGGGGUACAUGGAUAUGUGUAUCCCCACAGUCACUGUGUGCACAAUUGUGCCGCGUUCAGUUUCUUGUCUGUGUGUCUUUUUUCAACAUAGAGUUCACAUAAACUGUUUUUAAAAUUCUAAAAAUGGCAGCAGCAGAGUUUGUUGUCAAAAAUCCAUUUUGAAUCAUUUCAGCUGAUAAAGCACUUUCAUGCUUGCGUAAAUCCGAUUUAUUUUCCACUUUGUGAAGGCUCCUCAAUUAUCUAGUCUGAAGCUUAAUACUUAAUAUAUGCUGGAGCCUUAUUGCCUGGUAUUUAGGGCUCUAUUCAUUCUCAUUCCGAGGAUUGUUUUUUUUUCCUGAACAGCAGCAUGGAUACGAAGCCCUGAUGUAAAUCCAUCUUCAGAUCCUCCUCCGCGACAACAAGACAACGCUGUUAAGGAGCGCACCUUGGCACCAAAGCCCUGGUUUAACGAUAAAGAUUUUUCUUGGGAGUCAAUUAAAUCCCAUUAAAUUCCUGUCAUAGUAACAUGCUGCUGCUUUCUGGCACUCUGAAGCCAUAGGGGUUUCAGUUUGACACGUUCAGUUUUGACAAAUGUCGCGGCUGUUCCCUUCAAUGCGGGUCAUGGUACAUUGCCUGUAGACACAUGGCCGUUUUGCUGACCAUCAUUAAAGUCGUUUUCUCUGCUCCCCCUGCUUGUCGUGGAGUUGAGGCUGCUGUAUUAUUCGUUUAUUUGCUUCUUGUGUAAGCAGCACUGGAACAUUUUCGAUGGCGUUUGUAAAAAGUCUCAUCCCUUUUAUAAUAUUUUUAAUGCGCUGUUAAUAACGAGUGGUAACGAAUUACUUGACAAUAGGGGGGGUGACCCCUUUAAUGAAACGUGGGAGCCAGCGUUACCUACAAAACUCACAAUAGCUUAUACUGUGUGUGUCGCUGUAUAUUACCGUGCGUUUAAAAUUUUCAUUAAAAAAAAAAAAAAAAAAUCUUGACGUGUUUGUUAUUUAUCCACGAGCUCUUGAUAUUCAUAUGUAUCAAUGUUAUGCAUUAUAUUGUUAUUGUUGUUAUUUAUUCUUUACGAAAUAAUAAAACAUCUUAAUUGACUCGAUUGAAGAGUCCGUAUCAGACACGACUUCUACCUUUACAUGCAGAAAGUCCUGGUAUUUAAAAAAAAAAAUGCCCACAUUUUCAGCCGUGAUAAGAAACGUCAAGCAGGUGCGUUCCAAGUGCCGUUCCAGGGCUCCCUUCUCUUGUCCUAGUUUCCUGUGUGUUUGUGUUGCUCUCUUUACCGUGUAGCUGUUUUGCAGUGUGCUGUGAGAUACUCUUGUUUUGAACACUGUGGACCUCUGUAUCGUUUCUCUGGUUUUAAUUUUUUUUUUUUUUUAACUGUUCCCCGAGUCUGUAACUGCAUCCCUUUCUUUUAUAUAACGAAAAAAAAACAAAAACAUUUCUAAUCUUUUUAAAGAACAUUUGGAUUUGUCUGACACUGGAUCCACACUGCCUAAAUUAUGAAGCAGUUUGAAAAUGUGUUGUGCUUUUUCAUUGUGCAUUAUUUUGGUUAUUGGGGAAAUGGGUAAAAAAAAAUUAAUUAAAUGUGCCUGUCCAACUAAUCUAUUUUUGUCAGUUGACUAAUUUUG